AUGAAACGUGACUACGAUCAUCUAUUCAAACUAGUGCUCAUUGGUGAUUCAGGCGCUGGCAAGUCCUGCCUCCUCCUGCGCUUUGCAGAUGAUGCCUUCACAGAUAGCUACAUCACAACAAUUGGUGUUGACUUCAGAUUCAAGACCAUUCCUGUGGACAAGAAGACAAUCAAGCUCCAGAUCUGGGAUACCGCAGGUCAGGAGAGAUUCCGGACAAUAACUAGCGCGUACUAUCGAGGUGCUGAUGGCAUCAUCCUGGUUUACGACAUCUGCGACCGGGAAUCCUUCAAUCAUGUGGAUGAAUGGCUGAAUGAAGUCAACCGUUAUGUGAAUGAGAACACCUGCAAGAUCCUCAUUGGAAACAAAUGCGACAUGACGUCUGAGAGGCAGGUUUCCACGGAGGAGGCAAAGAAAAAAGCAGAAGAUCUUGGCAUUGCAUUCAUCGAGUGCUCGGCCAAAGACGCAACUAAUGUGGAGGCCGCUUUCCAGAUGAUGUCCACAGAGCUGAUAGCGAAAAGCGAGAAGCAAGGCGCACGCCCGCAACGGCCGGCAGGCGGUACAGGCCUGCUCCAGCCGAAGGAGCGGGGCACUGGUGCAUGUGGCUGUGGCCAGGGAUAG